CAAAAGUUUCCCAAACCGGAGCUGUCGCUGUGACGGGACGACGCGGACCGCCGCGGCCUCCGCUGCCAUGUUAUCUAAAGAAUGGCGCAUUCUAGAAAGCGUGUGUUCUUCUGCGGCCCGGACGUGAGCUGAGUUUUGGCCAGGCGUCAUCUUCUUAUUUUACCCGAACUCUUCCUCCCCCCCUCCUCCUCCUCCCCCCCGCCGCCGCGGAGCGCGGCCAUGCCGGAGACGUCCAAGAUGAAGAAGCCGGACGUCAAGGUGGUGAUCCUGGGCGACAUGCACGUCGGGAAGACCUCGCUGCUCCACCGCUACACCGAGAGGAGGUUUAAGGACACCAUCAGCACCGUCGGAGGGGCGUUUUUCCUCAAACAGUGGGGGCCGUACAACAUCUCCAUCUGGGACACCGCCGGCCGGGAGCAGUUCCAUGGUUUGGGCUCCAUGUACUGUCGGGGUGCAGCGGCAGUCAUCCUCACUUACGACGUCACCAACUGGCAGAGCCUGGCGGAGCUAGAGGAGCGCUUCCUGUCCCUGACCGACACCGCCAAUCACGACUGUAUUUACGCCAUAGUGGGCAACAAGGCCGACCUCACCGACCCCGAGGCUCAUCUGGUCCCCGUCAUCGAAGGGAUCACCGAGAGCGAGGAGGAGAGGACAGAGCCACAGGCGCCCCCCGCAUGCCCCACCCCUCCGGCCUCUCCGACCCCCCUGGCGGGCGUGAUGGUGCGCAAACAGGUGAGCCAGGAGGACGCGGCAGCGCUGUAUGAGAGAAUACUGCGCUACAAGGGCCUGGAAGAAAAGAGCAGCCUGCCGGCGGAGAGGAUGUGCUUCGAGACCAGCGCCAAGACGGGCUAUAACGUGGACAUUCUGUUUGAGACGCUGUUUGACCUGGUGCUGCCCUCCAUCAUCAGGAAGAGGAACGAGAACCAGGCGUCCCCCACGGUGGAUCUUGAGGAGUGCAGGGGGGCCAACAGCAAGAAGACCAAGGCUGCCUGCUGCUAGGGCCGAUCCACGAGGUCACCACCAACAGACAGUGACUGUUUUAAAGGCAAAUCUUCAGGUUGGUACAAUCCUGGAAAGGUACUGAGUUGGUGUUAGGUGGUAACCUCGCAUUAAAUACUUAGGAGUACACACUAACACACACACACACACACAUAGCUGAUCUGUCACCCAAUGAUAUGUGAAGUAUUGCUUUAUAUGAGGAAGCAAAGCAAUUACAUGUUUGGUGUUUGGAUUCUACACUUUGGAAAGUGCAUUAAAAAGACUGAACCUGUACUCGACUCCUACGAGGUGUGCCUACGAGCCAGCAGACUACUAAUACACUUAAAUUAUAUAGACUUUACAACUCAAAUCACUGGUAGUAAACGUUGCCGUUUUAACAGCACUGGCGGUCACGUGGGUGGCACAUUGGAUUGUGUAAAUCAAUCUCGUUUUUAAGGAUUUGAUGACGCGGAGGGAAAAAAAAUCCUGUUCCUUCAGUGUUGAUCCUUUACAUUUCAUUUGCACAUUGUCUGCACUGUUCAAGAAGUGUAAAUGUACUGAAUUACGUGUUGUAAAUAUUCCUGUUAAUUUUUUUAAAGAUGCUAUUAUAAAUAAAGAUUUUUAUUUUAAA